AUGAAGCAGGUGGCAGUGGACGACGACACAGCAAUUCUUCCCCAAGAUAUCAUCACAAACAUUCUCAAACGACUUCCCGUAAAAUCCCUAAUCCGAUUUCGAUGUGUUUGCAAAAACUGGAAAAAUCUCUUCAAGACUGCAUCUUUCAUCGCUGACCAUCUCCAUCACACUGGUAGUCAAACCUCUUCUCUCCUUUUAGGAGGGGCUAACCCAAUUGUUCCUGCGUACUUGGGUUUUGUCGAUCAAAAAAUGCAAGUAUUUGAAGCUCAAAGCGCACCUCUAAUCGGUUCCUUGUUGGGUGUUAAUACCAUAGGUUCUAGCCAUGGCUUGGUCUGCCUCCAACGCAAUGAGGCUUCCAUCUUCGUAUGGAAUCCAGCUACUAGAGAGAUAGUGAGAAUGCGUGUUUCUUCAAAUAAUGAACGGUCUAUUCGCAUGGAAGAGUCUCCCGAGGAUGAAAAUUAUGUUCAAUUGAUAGUUUCAUUUGACAUAGCAAUUGAAGUGUUUACUUUGAUACCAUUACCUACUUCAGUCCCUAAAUCACUUUUCAAUAGGCUUACUGUGCAUGAGAAUAAUCUUGCUAUGCUUUCUCACACUUUCAGUGGAAACUAUGAAUCUUCCUUGAUUGAUUUGUGGGUGAUGGAGGAGGGCGCAGGUUUCUUUUUUCUGAAAUUUGAAACUUCUACCGUCAUGUGCGAAGCUUUGGCUCUCAAGAGGGGGAUGCAGAUGAUUCUAGAUUUGGGAUUUGGUUAG